GUGACGCUCCUCAGCUCAACCCAGUCCGUUCGUCUCCACUCAAAUUGAGAUUCUGGGCGGCAAAAUGGCGUCUCCUGUGACAAGACGAGAGUCGCGCCACUUCUCCUUCACCUCUUUGCCCACAGAAAUCCGCGACCUCAUCUACACAAACGUCUGGGCUCCCAGGUUGCGACUCCACGUUUUCUUCAAGAACGACCGUCUCGUGACUGCAGCCUGUCUGGGUGCGCAAACUGGGGAUGAAUCAAGUGGCAUCGGCGGUCCAUAUCCCACAGCGCCUGACAAUCACCGCGUGCCAAGUCAAGAGGAAGAGGAUCUCGCUUUCAAAAGUCUUCGCAGGAAGGGUAGUCGCAAUUUAAUGAAAGCGAGGCUGCACUCAACCUGGGGGAAUCACUACCGAUGUGAAGAAGAUUGGAAUCCAUUGCCAGGGCAUAUCAGUACUGAGCGAAAUGCAUGCAUCAGCCUUUUGCUAGUCAACAAGACAAUCUAUGCCGAAUCAAUCCGCUUCUUGAGCCAACAUCUAGAGAUUACAAUUACCGACACCGACACCGCCCUUUAUCUCAACGACGACCCCAAGCCUGUCAUACACGAUAGUCCACCGCCCAUGAUCCCUCGUCAACUUCUUCGUUCGAUUCGAUCUCUAAAUGUUACCCUUUUUGGGUCCGUUGAUCUCUUUAUCGCCCUAACAUUGGCAAGGGACUACAAUGCAACAACACCACUCGAGGUCGUGAGCCAGGAAUUUCAACAGAAGAUAAGAGCAACCGGGUAUGCUAGCCAAGAGCGUGCGGUAGGCCUGCUGCCCAAAGGGUGCCAAUGGCACCAAAUCUGGCCAGGCAUCGCCGCGUUACCACAUCUCGUCCACGUCAAUCUGUGGAUGGACCAUGGUGGUUUUGACAGUUGGUCAAACAUCAAUGAGCGGGCGAUAUUGGAGCCACUUCGGCGAGCAACAUGGUCGCCAGAGGUGGAACUUGUGGUAUACUUACCAAAGAUUGCCAGCGAUAAUAUCGUUCCCAGCGAGCAAUUUAAUGACAAUGACCAAGAUGGUUUGCAUUUCCGGAUAGUGAGGAGGGCCCGAUGCCCUGAUCGAAUAGCGGAAGAUGGCAGUACUUUUUUUAUUGUUCAUGACAUGUCGGCCCAGGAGCAGGAGGAAAUGGAUGACCACGGCCUGUGGUGGGAUCCAAGCACCAUGUCUACAGAGAGAGAUUUGAUGUAUCCCUUCGUGGUUUAAACUUAUGCGGAUUUUUCUUUUCUCAAUCAGAAUGUUAUGGCGAUAGGAGCACUCAGAUGUUGCGCAAUCAUUCCACGUCAAUAAUGACAUGCCCCCAGGUUAGAGUUAAAGAUAAUAUUUCAGCAGCCGUAAAGAUAUCUCGAGCGGUACUUAAUACAAUCCCAUUGAUUCAUU